CACACACACACAUACACACACGCGCGCGCCCCCCCACACCCCCACACACACCCCUCUCCCUAUAAAUGAGAGCGGCCGGGCAGCCCGCGGAGUCCUGCCUCGCGGAGCGCCGGACUUGGAGGCAGACAGACCUGGCUGCGAAUCCCUGCUUCUACCACUUUCUAGCGCUGUGACCUUGGGCAAGUUACCGGACCUCUCCGAACCUCUCUCUUUUGCACAGCAGCUCCAGCUGGCAGCACCACCUCGCGCCGGUUUAUCCAACUUCUGCCAAGGCUCUGAAAUGCCAACUAUGUCAAGGCCUGCACUGGAUGUCAAGGGUGGCGCCUCACCUGUGAAGGAGGAUGCCAACCCCGAGAUGAGCUCGCUGGCCUACUCUGACCUGGGAGUGAAAGAUCGCAAAGCAGUGGCCAUCCUGCACUACCCCGGGGGGGCCUCAAAUGGAACCAAGGCCAGUGGGGCUCCCACUGGUUCCUCGGGAUCCCCAUCUCCAAUGGGCUCUCCUACUGCCACCCCUCCCACUAAACCCCCACCCUUCAAUGUGCACCCCACCCCUCACCUGCUAGCCAGUAUGCAGCUGCAGAAACUUAAUAGCCAGUAUCAUGGGGUGGCUGCCACCACUCCUGGCCAACCUGGGGAGGCAGGGGCCCUGCAAAACUGGGGCUGCGAGGCUCAGGCAGGAGGAGCGGAGUCACUCUCUCCUGCUGCUGCCAGUGCCCAGAGCCCUGCUAUCAUUGAUUCUGACCCAGUGGAUGAGGAGGUGCUGAUGUCGCUGGUGGUGGAACUGGGACUGGACCGGGCCAAUGAGCUUCCGGAGCUGUGGCUGGGGCAGAAUGAGUUUGACUUCACUGCAGACUUUCCGUCUGGUUGCUGAUGCCAAGUGCCCCUAAAGAUGGAGGAAUAAAGCCACCAAUUCUGUUGUAAAUAAAAAUAAAAGUUACUUGCAAAGAGA